AUGGCGGAAGUACCGGGGACCCGAGAUAUCAUCCUAUCACCCUACAAGCCUCAGAUAAAAAAUGUCACGGCGGAAGACGUAGCAACGUCCCUGUAUUACGUGCAUCUUGACACGCCGGAAGAUGAUCUUCUGAUUGCAAACUCGCCUCGAGAUGUCCUCCCUCGCAGGUCGAGUCUGGAAAGCUCGCGGAGUGCGAUCAACCGGAAACCUCUUGCGGCAGUGCCGCCUGGUCCAUCCAACCUGGGCAAGGCCUCAGAACCUCUGAUGCGAACUCCUGAUGUCCCGGCAGGAGCGUCGGUCGGAAGAGACGAUCCAUCCUUUGCUGCUCCGGCACCACAAUCAUUUCCGCAUCAUGGCCCACCGGUACCAAUCGCCCAAGGGCCGCCACCGCCGCCUAUUCACAGAAAACCACUGGCUCCAAAGGGAAUGGCGGUUGAUACUCAGGUUCAGCCUCCAACACCACCGCCGCAUGAAUUCUUUGAUGUCUCAAAACUUCCUCCCAAACCAUCAGAGAUUGAUAAUCACCCAGAAUACGGCAUACCACCACUGCCACCACGACAAGACCUGCGUUCCCCAUCUCCUUCAAAACGCAAACCCUUUACCCCCUUUUCCCUCACACUGAUCCGCCGUGAUCGCUCCUCGCAACAACAAUGGAACGUAGGAAAGAUUGCCUCGUUCCAGUUGGAUCAUCCCGAACAGAUCCCGGAUGAAAAGCUGAUUCCAUCCCCUUCAAUCAGCAUACACCUCGAGACCCCGGGGUACGCCAAGUUUCGCGGAAUGCCGCCGCCUGGUACAGCGUUUGAUAUUAGGGAUAUUAGAGAGAGUCUUGACAUCAUACGCCCGGGCAGUUCGUCUGCGAGCCCUCCCAAGUUUCAAUCACCUCCGCGACCGCGCCCUGCAAAGCCUGUGGAUAUCACAAAUACGCACACAUCACCAACCAGUGGUGCGAUAUUUGAGCGCCAGGUAAAAAUGGCUUAUGGGCCUUCCUGGACUACGAAUAUUCGCAAUGCUUUCAAGCGCCCACGAUCGCGAGAGGGGGAUCUCCCCGUUUCACCAGGACGACCAGGGCACGAACGGCAAACCAGCAAUAUAUCCAUCGGCUCAUUUGGUGGAGACUUUGAUGGCGGCGAGCCUCCUGUCAUUACAAUGCCCAGCCAAGGUCUAAAGGCACAAGGCUACAUGUUCUUUAGUCCCUGGGAUGGUCGCUGCGAGUUUCGGACAGGAAAUGGAGGGCGCAGUUUGAGGUGCCGGCACAUUCUACCAACUCACACGAGUCAAUGGAACCCUCUCGCUGAUGGUCUUGACGAGGAUAUCACUGGAGCAAAGGGCCACAAGAGACAUGGAUCACGAAGCCCCAAAGUCAAAGGCAAUGAUAUUUCCGAGUUGAGAUUUAACCUUCCAAGUGCCGAGCUGUUCAACAACAAACCAUCGGACUCGGAUAGGCCACACGAGGCACGGGAACGUACUCGAGACAGAAUACUCAACUCCAUGAUCAACAAGACCGAAGAUGACCUAGAAGACGAAGAGUACGAGUCUGUGGGCUUUGAUAUGAGUCUUGGCCGCGAAAAGGCUGGUGGUGGGAAUAGAGGCAAGCGGGCCAAAAUGGGCAAAUUGAUCAUCUGGGACGAAGGUCUCAAGAUGUUGGAUCUGGUGGUGGCAGCUAAUAUUGGAAUCUGGUGGAAUGUUUGGGAAAGAAAGAUGAAUUAG